AGCUGGAUUUGGUUCAAUCAUGGAAACCAGACCCAUGAUCAAAGCCAGCUAAGUUAGGUUUCACUUCCAGUUGUCUCCAUCCGGUCAUGGCUUCCAGUGUCCCCGAGCACUCUUAAACGUCACAGCUGGUCGCAUGGAUGCGAUCACACGGGGUGGCCUGGGUGGAGCGAUAUGGACGGCCAUCCUUUUGGUCACACAUCCUCCAGGCCUUCUGGCAUCGACGGUGCGUACCGCCGUGACCGCGGUGGACUGGUUGGACUGCCGUGGCGCGGCCUUUGCGCCACAGUGGUCCGAGUUGGCACUGCUCAGUGGACUUCCGGAGCAAAUCCGGCCACUUCCUCCUCCCAUCGUGAAGUUGAUCGAGGAGCUGGAGCCAUCCUGCCAAGCCAGGAAGGAUGUUGCAUCCCUCUUGGCAUGGACAGGCGAAAAGCCGGAGGCCGACUAUGAAGCCAUGGACUCCUUAAGAUGGUGGAUCAAUGCCUCCUAUGAGGUCACGGUGAAAGAAGGCCAUGCGUUCUGCUUGUACGGCUGCAUCACCGUGCUCUUCCUCUUGGCCUUCAACGAGUUGGCCUGGCUCAUGAACUCGGCCGCCGAGCCUUCGGAGGCCGAAGCGGAACAAAGCCUUCAGUACAUCUUCGUGAGCCUCCACUACGCACGAUCCUUGCUGGGUGAUCAUUCAACCUUGGACUUGGUCUCCAGCAGCGUGUGGCCAGCGAACUUGCCUGGAAAGAUCAAGGAGCUCUUUCUGAAGACUGAGGAAGUGAUCACCGGCACACCUCCGCCGGCAGUGGCAGAGACGCCGCCAACGGCCUUGGACUUGGCGCGGCGUUGGCAGCCCUGUGAUCCAUUGCUCCACCAGGGCUGCUGGCCCGCGGGCCCUGCGCGCGCGCAGCGCUGGGCGCGCGGCGAUGGGGCAGCGUUGGUGAUGCUGUUCAUCGGCGAGCAUGCGCCCUUUGCCAACACCGUCUGGCAAUGCAUCAGCUCCGCGGCCAUGGCCUUGAGCGUCUCCUUGCGGCCCAUCUUCGCCGGUGCCUUCUACGCCUGCCAAGGACUGCCGAGCGCGUGCGAGAAUGACGUGGCCAAGGAUUGGUUUCGGGCGUGGAUGACCAGGUGGCCAUUGGAGAGUGAUGAAGCAUUGCAGGUGGCGGACAUGGACUCCGAAGCCAUGGGCUUGAUGAAGGCCAUCCAGGGACAUCCCGAUCCGGACGCAUCUCGUCCCGACUUUUUGCUGUGCGGAGACACCGUGCUCUUCUGCCAUUUGCUGCGCCGCGCUGGGUUCUUCCGUGACAUCCCAGCGUUGCACAUGUAUGGCAUGGUCUUUCUGCAGUACGUGCCGGUCUCGUGGCGCACCACCAUGAUGCAGGACUUCGCAGACUUUUGGAAGACCUUGGGUGUGCAUGAGCCGGCCGGCGUGAACAUUGAGGUGUUGGGUCUUCAACUCCAAUGGCAGAUGGGCAUCGCCAUUCCCUUCGUGCCUUCCUCGGGGACCUCCGAUUCAGCUGGGGUGCUCUAUCAACCACCAGGAGGGGCCGAAGCAACAGCAAACGCGGCAGCGGCGGCAGCUCCGUCAACGGCUCAACGCCGCGUGGUGCUGCUGAAGAGCGGGUUCUUUGCCUUGGCCCCCGGCAGGGUCUUCGAUGUGGUGCUCCGACGCCUGACGCACGACGUGCACGACGGCACCAAGCGCCCGAGCGGAGCGACCGGAAGGACCACGUGGCACUUCUGGGGCACCGAGACGACGAAGGUCUUCCUGAACUUCGCGACCAUGGCGUCCUACUCCUGUGCUGUCUAUGUGGCUCCGGAGUUUUCGCAGUUGCUCUUGCGGGACGUGUAUGGCAUCGGUCUGCCGGUCUUGGCGCCGGAGAUCCUGUGGCAUCAACGACUCCUGCAGCACAUGUUCGCCUCGUGGGGUCAGCUGCACAACGAGCACGAUGUCGGACGCAGGCCGCCCGAGAGCAAGCAACAGGACCAGGCGGCGGUGUUCCACGCAGCAGACACUUGGAAGUUCCCACCCUUUUACAAUCCCUUAGAGCAUCCGCCGGAACACUUGAAGUUCUGGCUACCGCUGGCCGAGGUGCACCGUUGGCCGCACGUGGUGCCCUUCGCGUCGCUGACGGAGCUCCUGCGCCUCGUGGAGACCGUGGACCUCCGCGCGGUGAGCGCUCGCAUGCAGGUGGAGAGUCGGCGCAUUGCGGCGAACUGUCGGAGUUUCUAUCGGCAAAGUUUGUUGCACUUGAUCAACCAACGAGUUUCUACGACCAACAGCUGAGCUGUUUGAACCUGAACACGACGCAUAUAGUCGUGACCGACACGAGCGACCGGUUCACUGAACAGCCACCAACGGUUGUCCUUUCGCUUUCAAAGCCUGGGCAUCGGAACGUCACUUAGUGGCGCAGAGACUUUGUGAUUCAUCUCCCAUGUGGUUUCGGGGGACACUGGAUUUGGAUUUUGGUGCGGUUGCAGUGGACUCUGGAGCUCAGAGAUGCAGCUUCCUGUGCUACUUCCUGGUGUCAUUGAGAUUUUCUCCAGACGCUGCGGCAUCCACAGAUUGCAAUCCAAGCAAGAAUUACAAGACUUGGCUCCAUGGACUUCUGACGGUUUCUCGGGUUUCCGUGCUGUGUGGGAGAAGGAGGUCAUUGACUUGGUCAGAGUAGUUUUGACGACUGGAAUGUCAAAGAUCUAUGGCGCAGAUCUAUCAGCAUGCACGAUGCAUCGACCUUCAUGAAGUGCCCAUGGAAAUCCACCAAACUAUGCUGCUGAUGAUGAAAUCAACAAGGACUUCCGCUUGCCACGUGAGCUGCAGAAGGGAUGCUCACAAGAACCUCUGACAAAUGUAGAACGACAUGAUCCCAGAUUUUAGCCAGCUGCGGAGCAAGCAAACUGCUGCUGCCGGCGAGAGUUUGCGCAGCGGCAAAACGCUGCAAAGCGCAGAGUUGCCUGGUCAUACCACCUAUAGGGCAUAUAUUCAUCACACUCGCGGAAAUUCCAUGUGACCAGUGACCACACCAGCC